CUCUCCACCAGUCUCUCCGCGCCUCAGUCUCCUCUCUCCUCUCCCAGGGAGAGGAUCUGCGGAGGCACCUCCCCGAAUCUUAGGCUGCAGAGUCUGAGACUUCGAGAGAGGAGCCUAGGAGGAGACAGACUUUCCCCCAUCACUUCCUUUUGCUCAGAGGCAAGCAGAGGCGCGGAGCUUUAGAAAGUUGAGUGGUCAGCGCGGUAGGUGCUCCCUUUUUGCUCUUACACCGAGGCAGGGCCGGGACCUCCAGACCCAGGGUCUCACCUCAUCAGGCGCACCUUUCUCGGCUCCAGCAGCCAAUGCGCACCGGAGCCGCUCUCUGCAGACACAGAGAGCGGGCCAGCUUCUUGGUGUGCGCUUAAGAGAAUGGAUCGCAGGUCCCGGGCUCACUGGCGCCGAGCUCGCCACAAUUACAACGAUCUGUGCCCACCCAUUGGCCGCCGAGCAGCCACUGCGCUCCUCUGGCUCUCCUGCUCCAUCGCGCUCCUCCGCGCCCUCGCCACCUCCAACACCCGCGCCCAACAGCGCGCGGCUGCCCGCCGAAGCUUCCUUAACGCCCACCACCGCUCCGCCGCCCAGGUGAUCCCCGAGCCCCCAAAUUCCGACUCGGAUCAGGAGGAGGCAGACCAGGACCUGUCCCGCCCCGAGUGCCCUGACUACGAGGAAGAGUUCGACUACGAAUCUGAGACCGAGUCUGAAUCUGACAUUGAGUCUGACAUCGACUUCGACACCGAGACCGAGACCGCCCCCACCACAGAGCCGGAGACGGAGCCCGAGGACGAGCGCGGCCCCGCGGCGCUCAGGCAGAGAGCUUUCGGCCAGUCCCUCACCCAGCGCCUCCAAGCUCUGCGGGUGCGCAGCCCCGACGCCUCCCCGACUCGCUCCCAGCCCCGCAGCCAGCAGCCCCGGAGCCCCAGAGAGGGGGAGGAGCCUCAGCCCGGGCCCCGGGACCGGGAUCUGAGGGACCCCGAAGAGUCGGAGAAGCCCAAGGAGAAGCAGCAGCGAGGCGGCUGCAAGCCCAGGAAGCCCACCCGCCGCGACCCAUCCCCGGAGUCCCCUUCCAGACGGGGACCCAUCCCCAUCCGGCGUUUCUAAUGGAGGACACGGUCCAGAUUCUCCUUGUUUUCUUUGAUUCAGGUGCGGGAGAGUCUGGUAAAAGCACCAUUGUCAAGCAAAUGAGGAUUCUGCAUGUUAAUGGGUUUAAUGGAGAGGGCGGCGAAGAGGACCCGCAGGCUGCCACGAGCAACAGCGAAGGGGAGAAGGCCACCAAAGUGCAGGACAUCAAAAACAACCUGAAGGAGGCCAUUGAAACCAUUGUGGCCGCCAUGAGCAACCUGGUGCCGCCCGUGGAGCUGGCCAACCCCGAGAACCAGUUCCGCGUGGACUACAUUCUGAGUGUGAUGAACGUGCCCGACUUUGAUUUCCCUCCCGAAUUCUACGAGCACGCCAAGGCUCUGUGGGAGGACGAGGGCGUCCGAGCCUGCUAUGAGCGCUCCAACGAGUACCAGCUGAUUGACUGUGCCCAGUACUUCCUGGACAAGAUUGAUGUCAUCAAGCAGGACGACUAUGUCCCCAGCGAUCAGGACCUGCUUCGCUGCCGUGUCCUGACUUCUGGAAUCUUUGAGACCAAGUUCCAGGUGGACAAAGUCAACUUCCACAUGUUUGACGUGGGCGGCCAGCGUGACGAACGCCGCAAAUGGAUUCAAUGCUUCAAUGACGUGACUGCCAUCAUCUUCGUGGUGGCCAGCAGCAGCUACAACAUGGUCAUUCGGGAGGACAACCAGACCAACCGCCUGCAGGAGGCGCUGAACCUCUUCAAGAGCAUCUGGAACAACAGAUGGCUGCGCACCAUCUCUGUGAUCCUGUUCCUCAACAAGCAAGACCUGCUCGCGGAGAAAGUCCUUGCUGGGAAAUCGAAGAUUGAGGACUACUUUCCAGAAUUUGCUCGCUACACUACUCCUGAGGAUGCGACUCCCGAGCCUGGCGAGGACCCACGCGUGACCCGGGCCAAGUACUUCAUCCGCGAUGAAUUUCUGAGAAUCAGCACUGCCAGUGGAGAUGGGCGCCACUACUGCUACCCCCACUUCACCUGCGCUGUGGACACCGAGAACAUCCGCCGUGUGUUCAACGACUGCCGCGACAUCAUCCAGCGCAUGCACCUCCGUCAGUAUGAGCUGCUCUAAGAAGGGAACCCCCAAAUUUAAUUAAAGCCUUAAGCACAAUUAAUUAAAAAUGAAAUGUAAUUGUACACGCAGUUAAUCACCCACCAUAGGGCAUGAUUAACAAAGCAACCUUUCCUUUCCCCCUUGAGUGAUUUUGCGAAACCCCCUUUUCCCUUUCAGCUUGCUUAAAUAUUCCAAAUUUAGAAAGCUUAAGGCGGCCUUCAGAUAAAGAAAAAGAAAAAAAGGCCAAAAUGGUUCCCUCUCUCUUUAAGUAACUAAAAUUAACAGCAGCAAACAGAAAUAAAAGAAA